AUGGGUGCUGCAACGGCCCUGAGUCUGCGAUGGACUGUCCCUCCCGCGGCAUUAAUUGCCCUGGGUAGUGGAGUCCUCUAUACCACGGGCGAGCGAGCUUCGUCUCGACACUCUAUCGUCCGAUCAGAGCAAACUGCAUUCUUUUCCACAUCCACGGCGCGGUGGGCAGACAAUGACCACAAAAAACCUUCACCCGGCUGGGGCAAAGGCAGCUUGGCCCCGGAAUCCGAAAACUCAACUUCAGAAGGUGACCCAGGGUCAAUCUGGACGAAUAUCCUCCAUAAAUUCGACGGGGUGAAGCAGUCGGUUGGCUCGGCCGAUUGGAUUGAACUGGACAACCUCAAGAGCUACAUCGUUCCCGACUGGACUCGCUUGCUUCCGGUGACAGUACAGAAACUUCAGCGGGAGCUCUCAAUGGCCCCUGGCUCUCUCGCGGACGAUAUCUGGAAAGAGGCCCAUGACCCCUACAUUAACCCUGAAAUCCUGCGGGAGGCGACGGUCCGGGUCAGUAAUAAACUGUGUGAAGAAGAGCUGGCGUUCCGGAAGAAAAGACAAAAGCAUGCUGUGAAAGCCCUUGCAGCUUACCUGAACCUUCCCGAGGAUGAAAUUCACCCCGACGAUGUACCGAUCAUUGCGAUGUGUGGCUCGGGCGGAGGACUACGCGCUCUCGUGGCCGGCACAGGCUCGUAUCUCGCGGCUCAGGAAGCCGGCCUUUGGGAUUGUGUAACGUACACGGCUGGAGUCAGCGGCAGCUGCUGGCUCCAAACACUAUAUCACUCAUCAAUCACUGGACGCAACUUCAAUAAACUGGUGGACCAUUUAAAGAACCGACUGGGCGUGCAUAUUGCAUUCCCGCCCAAGGCGCUCGACUUACUCACGGCAGCUCCUACCAACAAGCAUCUUCUGAGCGGUCUGGUUGAGAAACUGAAAGGUGACCCCGGCGCGGAUUUCGGCCUCGUGGACAUCUAUGGUUUGCUAUUAGCAGCAAGACUACUGGUGCCUAAAGGAGAGCUCGGCGUUUCGGAUGGUGACUUGAAACUAUCGAAUCAAAGUCAAAAUCUGUUGAACGGAGCCCAUCCCCUUCCCAUUUACACUGCUGUGCGCCAUGAAAUCCCCAUUAUAGACGGUGAUGAGGAGACCCAUCACAAAAGGCAACCCAUGACGGAACAGCUCAUGCAGGAGUCCAGAAGCGAAGCCUGGUUUCAGUGGUUCGAGUUCACGCCUUAUGAAUUCUUCUGCGAGGAACUUGGUGCUGGAAUACCGACAUGGGCUUUAGGGCGCCACUUCAACGGCGGCCGGAAUGAAAUUCCCGAAGGUCAUUAUCCAAUCCCAGAGUUGCGUGUGCCUGGUUUAAUGGGCGUAUGGGGGAGUGCUUUCUGCGCAACCUUGUCCCAUUACUACAAAGAAAUACGCCCCGUCGUUAGAGGCAUUACUGGAUUUGGUGGAAUUGAUUCCCUGAUACAAGGGAAGACUAAAGAUCUUGUCCGAGUCCACCCAAUUGACCCGGCUACGAUUCCGAAUUUCGUCAUGGGAAUGAAAGGACAACUGCCUCCGAGCUGUCCUGAAUCCAUCUUUCACAGUCAGCAUCUGCGGCUUAUGGACGCGGGGAUGAGCAAUAACCUGCCCAUAUAUCCACUACUUCGCCCGGGAAGAGACGUGGACAUCGUCGUUGCUUUCGACGCUUCCGCCGAUAUCAAGCAAGAGAAUUGGCUGUCCGUCGUGGACGGCUACGCGCGACAACGAGGAGUCAAAGGCUGGCCACUAGGAGCCGGCUGGCCUCGAGCAGACUCCUCUUUGAAGGACACGGAGAAAUCCCUCCGCGAGGCCCAAAACAUGACCCAAGAGGCUGUGGACAAGAAGAUGGAAGAGGCCCAGAACAACUGCAGUCACACCGCAAAUACAACAGGUGGAACCCACGACACCGACCUAGGCUACUGCAACGUCUGGGUCGGCUCGAUGCAAGAAAAAGUCUCCGACGAGGAGCCCCCUCCAUCCAAACGUCUCUUCCACCCCAAGCACGCCGACCACUCGGAAUCCGAUUUUCAUCUGAUGCGCCCCGACGCGGGCAUCGCCGUCGUCUACUUCCCUUUCCUUCCCAACCCUGCCGCCCCAGAUGCCCCUCCUAGCUCUGCGUCCUCGAAGUCCGGCAUGCCCGGUCGUCCGGCCAACUCUCCCAAGGUCGCUGACCCGGCUGAUCCGUUGUCUCCGCGCCCGAACUCCAUCGAUCCAGAUGUCGAUGAUUUCCUGUCCACGUGGAACUUCGUGUAUACACCGGAGCAGAUCGACUCAGUCGUGGGUCUUGCGAGGGCGAAUUUCUCACAAGGCGAGGAGCAGGUGAAACGCGUGGUGCGGGCGGUUUAUGAGCGCAAGAAAUCGGACCGGUUGCAACGUGAACAGGAGGAGGAUCGACGGAGGAUGGAAGGGUUUGUUCCGCUGUGA